ACAUGCUUUAUUGUGUGACUUUUAUGGAAAAUCAAAGAUUAUCCGAUGUCGAAUUUGAAUCACAGUAGAUCAUAGGGUUAUCUGCCUAAGAAAUAUCAAUUACUGUCGGAACAAUAGCUAAAGUGAAGUUUGAACAGCUAGGUUGAAUACCUACAGAAAACUGAUUGGUCAAGACUGGCCAAUAGGCUUAAUAAAAGAACUUUAACACUUUUAUGGAAAUAAACAAGAUAAUAACAGAGAGAGGGUCGGACUACCGUCGGCAAAAAUAAUCAACAAUGAUUCAAUUUAGAAUCUACUUUAUUUUAUUUAUUAAUUUUUUAGAAUUGACACAGCUGAGAGCAUCUCGGCUACGAAUUCGACAAAUUGAAGAAAUCCUUCAUGAACAUAAUAGACAUAGACGGAAUCUUGCCAUGGGAUUGUACGGUACAAGGGUAUCCAACAUGAGAAAACUGACAUGGAGUAGAUCUUUACAAAGGCAUACCUCUGAAAUUUUACAGUGUAGUUCAGAAAAUUCAGACUUGUUUCAAAAUAGUUUAACUGUGAAUAUAGGACAAGGUGCGUCAUUAAGUGACAUUAUUCACGAGUGGUUUCGGGAAAUUCAACAUUUGUUUCCUUACGAGGCAUCUUGUUUGGAUUCUUCUCCAUGUAGCAAUAUAUUAACGAUGAUAAAUGCAGGCCACCACUCCAUAGGGUGUUCAAUUAAAAGAUGCAGUGGUAAAAUUAAACUGCUUUGCAUGUACGAGGGAGGCGCUGAGUAUCCCCCGGUGUACAAACCAGGCGCCCCCUGUACAAAGUGUUCCGACGAGGCUGCCUUUUGUGAGAACGGGCUUUGUGUUGCGUGUAACCCAACUACAGAGAGUUGCGACUGCAGAAAGACUUGUAAUAAACCCUUGAUAGGCCAAGGAACUCUAGACAACAGUACAUGUACUUGUACCUGUAGUUCUGGAAUGGGUCCGAAUUGUGACGAGGAAUGUAAGAAUCAAAACAUGUAUGAAAAUUGGGACAUCUGCGAGGAAGUGACUGAGGCCGAGUGUAAUUCGCCAUAUCCAGAGGAAAGAGAAAUGUUCGAAGAGUUCUGUCCCCUGAAAUGUGGGGCAUGUAAUACUUUUCCAUACAGCCAAAUUUUCUCAGCUUUGAUGAGGAGAAGUAGAGGGAAGUAACAAAAGUAAUGAGAAUUUUUCAGU